AUGGGCGUCGUGUGCGCGGACGUGGCCAACGAUGCCUAUCUGGAGAUUAUUGUGGGCGAUAUGUCGGGAAUUCUCGCCGUGCUGGACCCGAAGGGCGAGGAAAUCUGGUCGUCGGUAAUGACGGCGGAUGUGAGCGGGGACGGGAAUCUGGAUGUGAUCGCGGUGACGGAUAAUGGCGAUAUUUGGAUUUUGGAUGGCCAAACCGGGAAGUCGCUUCCGAAUUAUCCCAUUCGUACGGGGUACCAGUUCCGCUCCACUCCGACGCUAAUCGACGUAAGUCCAAGCGGAGAUGGUUUGCACAUGGUUUUCACCUCGAAGGAAGGAGAAGUGGGGAUUGUCAAUCUGCGAACGUUCUUUCGUUUUUGGUUUUUUGUAACGAGCAGAGGCUGCGUACGCAGAAUCGACGUGGGAGAGGAGCUUCGGACGCGCGUGCUGGCAUCGAAGGAAAUGGAGAGCGAUAUGCUGGCGCUGAUCGUGUCUACGAUGAAUGGAAACCUGCUGCAGUUCACAACCUCGGGCAAAUGGUCGCAGGUCAAUCGGUUCAAUAACCGCGGGUACAACAGCGACGGGAUCUACCCGCCCCAUUUCAUCACGCUGACGUUUGGAAGCGGGGCCGAGUUAUGGUGGGAGAUUAUGCAAACCGAGGUGAAGCUGCCGAUCACGAUCCAGGACAGCCGAUUACGGAAGUACGAUCCGUUCUAUCGAGUUCGGGUGUAUAGAAAGGGCGCAUUAUUGUAUGAACAGGUGAUGCUUCGCAAUACAUUUAAGAAGGACGGAAGCUAUAUUUUGGAAUUCGAGUUGCUCGAAACCGGAUACUACAACAUCCAAGUGGUGUUGGAGAAUGAGCACAAGCAGAUCGUGGAGCGCGUCAUUCCGAUCCAUGCGAACGUGGAGGCGUUGAAUUACGUGAAGUGGUUCGUGCUGAUUCCCUUUUUGCUGAUUUCCACGAUCCUUAUGCUCUCUUCGAGUUUUGGAACUCCGUUGCCUUUGUAG